AUGCAGCCUAUUCUCUUUUAUUAUCAUAGGCAACUUGAUUUUAAGAAAACAAUAUACUUAUCUUUUUUAUUUGCAGAGAUCGAUAUUGCAGAUGUUUGCGAACCAAAAUCCAGUGUCAUCCGUACGAUGGAAUUGCUGAAGAAGUACCAAACUGGACCAAAGAAACUCAUUGGUAUUCUCAGUAUGACAACAAGUGCCAAUAUGUUGAAUGUUUCUUGGUUUCUGAGUUCAUUGCCAUCCCAAAAGAGUGUAAUUCAGAUUGGAACAGCAGAGACUGCCGACAAGCUGAAUAAUAGGGCCUUAUAUCGAACAUUCUUUCGGGUCAUUCCAGAUGACGGCUACCAAUUUCAGUUGAUUGCGCAACUUUUGAAAAAGUUGAACUGGAACUAUGUUGCUAUUCUUUACGAGAAAGAUGUCUACGGCGAAGAAGGUGCCAAACUUUUAACCUACAAUGUUUACAAUAAUAUGCUAAAUGAUGAUACUGGCCGGUUUAAAUUUCAAGAGGUUGGUUAUUACAACGGAAAGGAUCUAAUUUUAAACAAUUCGCCAAGGCAACUGUCAGAUUCGCCACACUAUAAUUCUUCUUUUUCUUGGGUACAUUUGUUUUUUUACGCAUUUUUGAUCCUUCGAUGUCGGCUCUUCCUAUCAUUUCGAAGCAGAAUUCGCCAAGCGUUAGAUUGUUCACCCACUGACAGGGAACGGGAGCUGGGUUUAGACCGUCGUGAGACAGGUUAG